AUGGCCUCAGCCGCUCCCAUGCAGAACAUUCAGGAGAUCAGCACCUGCAUGCUGUGCUCAAAGUUAUUGGCUCAUUCAGUGAGCCUCGACUGUGGACACAACUACUGCGUCUUGUGUAUGAGUAUGUGCGUCUUUUCUACAAAGGAACCAUUGCCACAGAGGUUCCUGUGUCCCCAAUGUGAGUGCACAAUCCACAUAGACCUUCGGCAUCUCAGAAGAUUAUUUGAAGUCUUAAAGCAGAUGAUGGAGAUUGUGUUCAACGUAGACUGUGAGGCCCACGGGGAGCCGCUGCAGCACUUCUGUAAGGAUGACAAGCAGCUCAUCUGUCAGCGCUGUGAGCAGACACCGCAGCACCAGGCACACACCACAGUGCUGGUGGAGGACGCGUGCCAGGACUACAAGGAAAAGCUCCAGGAAGCUGUGGCAAAAUUAAAAGGCAUCCACACUGAAUGUAUGAAUCAGAAAACACACGUGACAACCCAGAUAACUGAGUGGCAGAAAGAGAUAGCUAUUUGGAAACAAAAAGUGAAGUUGGACUUUGAGACUCUCCACGCUUUUCUCCAUGAGGAGGAGAAGUUGUGGAUCUGGAGACUGGAGAAUGAAGAAGAGCAGAUGCUGAGGAGACUGCGGGAAUACGAGGCCGACCUGCAGUGGAAGAGCGAGGAAAUCAAGAGCCACAUCCAGGAGCUGGAGGCAAAGUGUCAGAGCUCAGCCCAGAAGCUGCUGCAGGAUGUGGAAGGCACCUUGAGCAGGGCUAGUGCUGUGAAGCUGGAAACUCCCGAGGUCCUUUCCUUGGAGGUCCAAACUGAGUGUGAUGUUGCUGAACUUUACUUGGAUGUGAAGGCGAUGUUAAGAUCCCAUCAAGUCAGUGUGACUCUGGACCCAGGUACAGCUCAUCCUGCCCUAACUCUAUCUGAGGAUGCGAGACACGUGUCCCAUGGAUCCAGCCAGCAGAACCUUACAGUUUCAUCCAGGAGAUUUACGACUUUCCCCUGUGUCCUGGGCUGUGAGGGCUUCAGCUCAGGAAGACACUACUUCGAAGUGGAUGUUGGAGAAGGAACAGCUUGGGAUGUGGGAGUCUGUAUGGAGAAUGUGCAGCGAGACCUUGGCAUGAAGCAGGAGCCCGAGAGUGGGUUCUGGGCCAUCAGGCUGUGCACAGGAAAUGGCUAUGUAGCCCUGACCUCUCCUCCUACUGCCCUUGAGCUGUGUGAACGACCCCUGGUGGUGGGGGUUGCUCUGGACUAUGAGGCUGGAGCUGUGUCCUUUUACAGCAUGACCUCUGGCUCCCACAUCUUCACCUUCCCCAAGGCUUCCUUCUCUGGUACUCUGCGGCCUUUUUUCCAAGUUUAUCAAAAUUCACCUUUGUUCCUGCCUUCAUGCAAUGAGUAAGCAAAGAAGGAAAAAAACCUCCCCGUUUUAAACUGACAGAAAAUGUAUAGAGCCCAUAAAGGCAGGAUUUUGAUCAGUUUUCUUUAUUAUUAAUACGUCAGUACCUAGAACAGGGCUGGACUUUUAGAAGGUAUUUAAGAAAUUGUUCUUGAAUUAAUGCCUAUGAGAACUGUAAGAAUACCAUAGAUGGCCAGCCUGAGUUGAGAGGGAUACACGAUUACAUGAUGAUCUGACAUCAUCCUCUGAAUCUCUCUUUAGUGGGUUCAGUUCUCUGAAUAUUGUUCAUGCUGGGUUGAUGAUUUGUGUGACCUUAAAGCAAAGAUAUUUGUAUGCUUUCACCUUCCUUUUGAGCUGUUUGGACUAGUGUGUGGGAAUGAAAGAAAGCCUCUCCAGGAAAGACCAGUGGCUUCCCGAGCAUAGACAUGUUGAUUAAUAAUGUCCAGUGCAGAGGCUGGCCAGAUAGCUUAGCAGACUA